AUGUCAGAAGGGAGUUCAGUAGCAUCGAACAAUCAGUUCAACUGUUCGGUGUGUCUGGAUAUCCUGAAGGAGCCGGUCUCUACUCCAUGUGGGCACAACUACUGCAUGACUUGCAUAAUGAACUACUGGGACCUCACGGGAGUGUACAGCUGCCCCCAGUGCCGAGCAACCUUCACCACGAGGCCGGAUCUGCGUAGAAACACCUUGCUUGCUGAUGUUUUAGAGAAAAUAAAGAUGGUGUCGAAUCCCAUUCCAAGUGCCGAACCUACUUAUGUGGAGUGUGAUCUUUGCAUCUGGAAAAAGUUCAAGGCAGUGAAGUCCUGCCUUACCUGCCUGGCCUCCUAUUGUAACGUUCACAUCCAGUCUCACAGAGUGUCAGAAGCUUUGAGACGGCAUGUACUGGUGGAGCCAACCGGAAAUCUGCAUCAGAAAAUCUGCUUGAAACACCAGAAGGUGGUUCAGCUGUUUUGUAGGACCGACUUGACUGGGAUUUGUUACUUGUGCAUCACCAGUGAGCAUCGGAGUCACGACAUCACAACGCCAGAGACUGAGCGAGCUGGGAAACAGAUCCAGUUAGGAGUGAUGCUGACAGAAAUCCAGAGACGGAUAGAGGAAAAACGUAAAAAACUGGAAGAGGUUCAGCAAAACAUGAUUCACCUUAAGUUAUCUACAGAGAGGGAACUCCAGGAGAGUGCAACAGUAUUUAUAGAUCUGUACACCUCCAUCGAGAAAACCUACAAGAAAGUGACUGAACUAAUCAGGUGCCAGGAGAAGAGAGAAACUGAGAAAGCAGAAUGUGUUGUGGAGCAGCUGAAGAAGGAGAUCAAAGUUCUGGAGGCGAGAGAUGCCGAGUUAAGUCAACUGUCGGAGACUGACGACCACAUCCAUUUUCUACAGGUUUACUCGUUUCUGUGUCUUCUUCCUAAUGAAGACAUGACGAAUAUGGUAAUAAAUACAGAUUUCCCUUCAGAGGCUCUAAGAAAAGAGCUGUUGCGUUUCAUAGAACACCUGGAGGACAUCUGCAAAUUGGAAUUUGUGGACAUUUCUGAAGCUGUAGUAAACAAUGCUCCAGCUGCAACAAUGCACUACCCAGAACCAAAUAGUAGAGAAGAUUUUUUAAAAUAUACCUGCCAGCUCACACUGGACCCCAACACAGCAUAUAAAGGGCUUUACUUGUCUGAAGACAACACAAAAGUUUCCAGGAGUUCUGACACCCAUUCCUACCCCGAUCACCCUGACCGCUUUGAGUUUUGGGAUCAAGUUCUGUGCAGAGAGGGCCUGUCUGGGUGCCGCUGCUACUGGGAGGUGGAGUGGAGUGGAGCAGCAGAGAUAGGAAUCACGUACAAGAGAAUCAAAAGAAAAGGUAUGGAGCAGGACUCCCGACUUGGCUAUAACAAAAAGUCCUGGAUGUUGUGCUGCUCCAGCUACAGUUACUCGGUGAGACACAACAACAAGAAGACCGACAUCAAAGCCCCCAGCUGCAGCACCAUAGGAGUGUAUCUGGACUGGGCUGCAGGCACCCUCUCAUUUUAUAGCGUCUCAGACACAAUGACUCUCCUAUACAAGUUCAAGACCUCUUUUCUUAAGCCCCUUUAUCCUGGCUUUUGUCUCUUUUUGUACGACUCCAGUGCCACAAUCUGCCAGCUCAAUCAAAGACCUGCAAUCGAUGUCUUGUCUCACAUAUAA